AUGGAAGAGCUGGAGAGCAGUUUGCUGCAGACACGGAAAGCGCACAGAAUAGAGCACAUGGUGGCGAGAUGGCUGCGGCGCUCUCGGGACAGCUCAGCUCGGGCUAAAGGUGCUGUGGCUGAUGUGUUCCCUGGGAACUCAAGCUCGACCCUCACCCCUGUGAGGCAUACAGUAAAGAUAGAGAAAGAUGCCCUCCUUCAGGACUACGGAUUUCACCUUUCCGAAAGCCUUCCUCUCACAGUGGUGGCUGUCACGGCAGGAGGCACCGCUCACGGCAAGCUCUUCCCCGGUGACCAGAUUCUGCAAAUGAACGACGAGCCUGCUGGAGACCUUUCCUGUGAGCGAGCAGUUGACAUUCUGAGGGAAGCCGCAGAUUCCAUUUCGAUCACAGUUGUUCGCUGCACGUCGGGAGUCCCCAAGUCAUCCUUCCUGACUGAGGAGAAGAGAGCCAGGCUGAAGACCAACCCUGUGAAGGUGCACUUUGCCGAGGAGGUGCUCGUCAGCGGGCACAGCCAGGGCAAUUCUCUGCUGUGUAUGCCCAACGUGCUCAAGGUCUACUUGGAGAACGGACAGACCAAAGCGUUCAAGUUUGAGGCAAACACAACUGUGAAGGACAUCAUCCUCACGGUGAAGGAGAAGCUGUCGAUCCGGAGCAUUGAGUACUUUGCGCUGGCCCUGGAAGAGCAGUACAGCGUCUCACGGCUGCAUCUGCUGCGUGAGGAGGAGCUCAUCCACCAGGUGGUGGAAAAGGAAGAGUCGCAUGACUACCGCUGCCUCUUCAGGGUGUGUUUUGUCCCCAAGGACCCCCUGGACCUCCUGAAAGAAGACCCUGUGGCCUUUGAGUACCUCUAUCUGCAGAGCUGCAGCGAUGUACUUCAGGAGCGCUUUGCCGUGGAGAUGGAGUGCGGCUCUGCGCUGCGGCUGGCGGCCCUGCACAUCCAGGAACGGAUCUACGCGUGUGCUCAGCCGCAGAAGAUCUCUCUCAAGUACAUAGAGAAAGACUGGGGAAUAGAGAACUUCAUAUCUCCAACUUUACUCCGAAACAUGAAAGGCAAAGACAUCAAGAAGGCCAUUAGCUUCCACAUGAAGAGGAACCAGAACUUGCUGGAACCCCGACAGAAGCAACUUAUUUCUGCUGCCCAGCUACGCUUAAAUUACCUACAGAUCCUUGGAAAACUCAAGACAUAUGGUGGGAAAAUCUUUAAUGCUACUUUAAUGUUACAGGACAGAGAAUCCUACAUCACCAUACUAGUCGGAGCCAAGUAUGGGAUUAGCCAGAUCAUUAACAGCAAGCUCAAUAUCAUGUCCACACUGGCCGAGUUUGCAAACAUCAGCCGCGUAGAGCUCACAGAAGAGUCUGAGAAAGUGAGCAUGGUCAGAGUGUAUCUUCAGGACGUCAAGGUUCUGACUUUGCUGCUGGAAUCCAACAGUGCAAAAGACCUGGGCUGUCUUAUUGCUGGGUACUACAGGCUGUUUGUCGACCCACUCACCUCCAUUUUCCUGUGGCCUGGAAGCAAGCAGCAGGUGCACCGGGUGUCUGCUGAAGAAGGGCCCAGAGCUGUCUCUGCUGUAGAACCCAGCACCACAGACUUGCAGAGUAAGGCCAGCGCUUGCGACCCUGAGGACAGCCUGAAUCCUGGCCCAGGUGGACGAGGGCCCAGCAGAAGGGGAGGGAUGAAGAAGUAUGCCAAGACCCUGAGGAAAAGGAGGUCCUUCCUACAGACUGACUACACGUCGCAGGUCUCAUUUCCCCUGAUGUCCUCGGCCUCCCUGGAGAGCGUGGACGAUGUGUGCUACUAUGACAGGGAGCCCUACCUGGCUCCCGGUACCCCCUCCCCAACUGUGUCCUCCCUGCAGGACAUGCAGGGUGAGCCUGGCCUUUUGGAAACCAAGGCCCUGGCGCUGCUGGCUCCCCUGAGAGAGGCCAAGAGCAAAAACCCAGCCUCCAGGGUCAUGGAGAUGGAGCCGGAGACCAUGGAAACCAAGUCAGUCAUCGACUCCCGGGUGUCUUCUAUUUCUGCCAUCCGCCUCCGGGUUGACUCUAACCAUAAAGAAAAUUCCGCGGUUGUCCCGUUGACUGCCCCUGUUGUCCGUUCCCCAGCAAGCUCCUCUCACUGUUCCGAGCCAGGUUCAUCUGGACCAGAUGCUGCCCAGGCAGGGCCUCCCCAAACCUUAUCUCCCUCUCAAGACCCAGAUGGCAGUGCCCCCAAAGAAGGGGCCACAGAGACUGGGGGCAGCACGUCCCUCUCCAGCGCCCAUCCUGCCGCAGACAGGGUCUGUCCGGCCCUCGGCUCAGGGCCGCACAUCGUCUCUCAGGAAGAUGCAGUACCGCUUGGAGCGGUCCAAUCGGAAGCAGGAUUGGCAUCUUUGUUUACAAAUGAUAUGCAAGAAACUGCCCCUAAAAACACAGGACCUUUGCUGUCUCCCAGAGACCAGCCCAGAAGUGGUGAAUGUGCAAUGAAUUCCGGAGAGAAGAUGGCCUCUUUCCCUACAGAGCAAAAGCAGCGAGGACAGCGACUUUUGGAGAGUGACAGAAAGGCUACAGACAAAAUGGGCAACGGCUUCUUUCCAGAGGAUUCUGAGAAGGAUGCGGAUGACCCCGAGGGUGACCUGGCAGCUGCUGCUGUGCAGGCGCUUGGCGCCCGGGCUCCAGCUGUGGAGACGAGUGGCUCCCUCUCCUCGGAGGCUCCUGUAACAGGGACCAAGCAGAGCCCUGCACGCGCUCCCAGGGGUCCUCAGGGACAAAGCAAAGAAACACCAGGCCAAGCCUCUGGGACCGAAGACCAAAAGUUACUGGCAGACUUGGAUUUAGAUGCUGAGUUUUUGCUCGAGGACCAGCCCAUUCUAUCAGCCUUCCCUCCCGAGGGGGUCAAGGCAGAGCCGCCUAACCAUAGGGUGCGGGGAGACGCAGCCCCUAUGGACACUGCUCCAUGCAUCUGUUUGAACCCAGAGCCUUCCCUGCAAAAUCCACGCCCGCGUCCCCAAGAGAAGCCCCACUGGGAGGGUCCAAACCACUGCUCGCUGUCAGAAAGCAAAGGCAAGAACCCUGGCAUCUGCCUGCACGCCGAGAAGCCCUUCCUGUGUUUCGCCCCAGGAGACCAUCCUGAUGUCCCUGCCAGGCCCAGGGUGGCCACGUCUCUGGGUUUUGUGGGCAUGAGUGAGGCGGUAGCGCCCAUGACAGGGCUGGAGCACUGUCGCUGCCAGGUCUCCUACGCCACGUGCUUCCGUGGCCCGCAGCCUGAGCUGCAGGAAGCAGACAGGGACUCGGGAGCACAGCCCACGCCCCCGCGCACGUCCCCGCCGUGUGCGGGCAGCCCGCCAGCCCUGCCCUGGAGGCCUCCCCGGGCCCGCAGCUGCAGCCCUGAGCCCCAGUGGAGGAGCGACCGCCUCUGGCCCGAGUACUGCUCCCGGGCCCUGGGACGGCUGCGAGCUGCCCCCGCCAGUGCCCCCGAGGGCUUCACCCAGCUCUCGGAGAGCUUGCUGGAGCUGCAGGGCGUCCUGGAAGCCUCCCGGGGGGAUGGGAGCAAGCACCCCCCAGAGAUGUGCACCUGGCACCUUUCUGAAAGUCGGAGCCGCCUCUGCGUGGGCUCCCAGAAGCUCCUGUCGAGCUGCCAGCACGUGAUCAGAAUGGACCAGUCCCCCGAAGAGCUGCAGGGCGCCGUGUGGGACACCUUCCUGCACCUGGUCCAGCUGGCCGGCCUGUGCGUCCAGUUCACUGACUGCAGCCGCUGCUCUGCCCGCCACAGGGAGGCGGCUGGCCACCUGAGGGACGUGGUGGACACCUACUGCCAGUUCGUGGAGGCCGCUAGGCUGACCUGCGAGAGAGGCUACCACGACUUGAGCGUGAAACUCUUGGCCCGUCAGUGCACGGCCCUCACGGCCUCCGUGUUCUGUUUGACCCAUAAAUUCCGGGCAUCGACUGCCCUGUGA